AUGCACCAGAUCACAUCCUACAUCCCCAGCGAGUGUGUAACAGCUUCGCCCACGAAUGGAUACAACGUCUCCAAGUCCCUUCCAAUCGCCCAUGACACUGACCCCUCAAGCAGAGCCGCAGCAUCUAUCAAGUAUCUCGAAAGUGAGGCCGACAGACGCGCGCGCUGGGCCGAGCUUCUAUACGAAUGGCAAAGGAGGCAUCGGGGGGACAUGUCGGGCUUGAGUCUUGGCGCAACUGUGUGGAUGGAUGAGCUUAAGGAUCCUGCAUACGCCACAAUGAGAUACUUCGACGAUGCCAACUCCGUCCACGACUCUCAUCUGGAGGAUUCUAGGCCGUCCAGGUACGCCGAGUCUUGGCCCAAUGGCGAGUCUCGCGAUGCCAAGGUGCGGGAGCGAAAUGCGAAGAUCUGGAAGGAUCUGGCUAACGGCAAAUACGAUGCCAACGGCGUGCGGAUUCGAAAGCCCAAGCCCCGCGUGGAGGAGAAGCUGAAGCCGAGGCCGAAGGGGAAGUACUGGGUUUGGAAGAGUGAGUUCGCCGUAGCGGAGACGCCGAAGAGGAAGGUGGUGACUCGGAAGGAGAUAAAAGAGAACUAUGUUCAGGUCGGCUCCAUGUGGAUUCACAAAAGCAAUUUCUUCUUGGAAGAGAUGCCGGAGGCGACCAACACUAAGAAUGGGGCUGGGCUUGAGGAGAAUCUCGACAACGUGACUACGGAGGAGCCGGUGGUUUCGGACGAGGCUCCUAGGUUCAAUAAUGUUGACUGGCAGUCGGCGGCAGAUCACUAA